AUGGAAAGCAAUCAAAAUAUCGCAUCCAAAUAUUUAUCUUCUGGUGCUGCUGGAGGUGCUGAAGAUUCAAAAGAACCUUACCAAGAGGACCCAUUCGAUCUAAAAUCAUUGGAGAAUGAAGGCCAGACAAAGCCUACUGUGAGGAGCUUCAAAAUUAAGGCUAUAAUAGUUUCAAAGGCACUGCAGAACUUCUUUACAUACACCCAAGAUUGCCAAAGAUAUGAAGGAGAUAUCCAAGAGUUGCAUCAACGCUGGGAACAGAAACUAGUGCUGCUUAAACUUAGGGCCAUAGACAUUGAAGAGGAAGGAAAACACCACAAAUUUAAAGAUCUUGAUAAAGAAAUCAACCUGCUUAAGAAGGCGAUGAGUAAGCAAGAUAUUUUUUCGGAGCUUAAAGACGAAUCCUAUUGGAAACUACUAAAAGAAGAAGUCAUGGCUAAUUUCCACACUUGUUCAAGCCAAACUUCUCCUCUAAAAUACACGCCCGCCCAGCUCAAACCCAUUCUGGACAGACUCGCCUUUUCUUCAGCUGAAUUCGACUACUUCUAUUGGCUUCAACAGGGCUGACAGCAGCCUUUUAGACCAGUUGCUGAGCUCAGACUAUGAAUGGACAGUCCAGGAGAUAUGGACGUGAUCAAGGGGCUUGACAAAAGACUUCCUGAUUUAGAAUGGUUGGAGAUUAGGAAUAUUCCUAGAGAGAGUCAAGAGGAGGCAAGGCAUUGUAUUGCCAAGUAUUUCCCCAAAAAAGUAAGGGGGUUUUGCUUUAAUAUUGAUUCUGCUCUGGGAAGCAUUGACCUGUACUACUCUGCAUUGCUGGCUGCUGCUCCUUGUGUGACAAGGCUGGUUGGUCUUUAUAAUUUUAAGAUCUCCCAGCCCCAGACCGUCGCCCUCCUCGCUGCCUUUCACAAGGUCACAAUCUUUGGCUUCGAAUCCUGCAUUCUGCAAAUGCCCUCUGUACCUUCCUUCCCUGACUCCAUGGAGAACUCCAUCAUUCGGAAAUUAGAUUUCUGGUCCUCAGGAGAUAGCGCCCAUGGAGACUGGAGGAAAGACAAUUUGUGCUUCAGCAACUUGAUGGCUGGGCUUGCACAGGUCGACGCCGUCAGAGAAAACUUGGAGAAGGUGUGGAUGCAUGGCUGUGGAAUGAAGAAGAAAGAAAUAAAGGAGAUCUUGGAGAACUGUGGACUAGGUCAUGUGGAUAUUUCAAUUGAUUGGUAAAUUCUUAAGUUUCAA